AUGCUGCGUGCUUUUCAGGUUGGUCUGGGUUUGAAUCUAAAGGAUCGUGAUUUAAAUUUUGAGACAUGGAGGGAGUUUGUUUCUGGACAAAUUGCUACCAGUAUCGGUUUUUUGCAUUCCAAGAAGUGCUUGAUUGGCGAUUUUUCAUCCUUGGAGAUUUUCUUCGGGUUUCCUUUGUUAAUUGCACUUAGUGUUCUGCUCCCGUUUGAUGAUCAGCACAGGUUAAAACUUCUGGUAAAUCCUCUUGGGGCUGACACAUAUAGAUUGUUUCUGAAACAAAUCCUACUUUGCCAUUUUAGUGGGACUCCUGAGAAGUGUCACUGUGCAGCCCGUCCAUCUAAAAGUUUCUGCAUCUAUGCCCUCUUUUGCUACGACAGAAAAUUGAUGGUGGAUUUUGCUGGACCAGCAGGAACCUUGCUGCUUAGUGUUCCCCCGGAACAAAUGGAGAGGUACAACUUAAUUAAGGAAGUUGGUGAUGGGACGUUUGGAAGUGUCUGGAGAGCUAUAAACAAGCAAACUGGCGAAGUUGUUGCUAUCAAGAAAAUGAAGAAGAAGUAUUACUCUUGGGAGGAGUGUGUAAACCUAAGAGAAGUCAAGUCAUUACGAAAAAUGAACCACCCAAAUAUUGUCAAGCUGAAGGAAGUUAUUCGAGAAAGUGACAUUUUGUACUUUGUUUUUGAAUACAUGGAAUGCAACCUGUACCAACUUAUGAAAGAUAGGGAAAAACUGUUUUCUGAAGGUGAAGUUAGAAAUUGGUGUUUUCAAGUUUUCCAAGGUCUUGCAUACAUGCACCAGCGUGGAUACUUUCAUCGUGACCUGAAACCUGAAAACUUACUUGUUACCAAGGAUAUCAUCAAAAUUGCUGAUUUUGGCCUAGCCCGAGAGAUCAGUUCACAACCACCCUACACUGAAUAUGUCUCUACACGAUGGUACCGUGCUCCUGAAGUGCUGCUUCAGUCUUACCUGUAUACCUCCAAAGUUGAUAUGUGGGCAAUGGGUGCUAUAAUGGCUGAGCUUUUCUCUCUUCGUCCCCUUUUCCCAGGUGUCAGUGAAGCAGAUGAGAUCUACAAAAUAUGUGGUGUGAUAGGCAAUCCAACCCGUGAAUCUUGGGCUGAUGGACUCAAACUUGCAAGGGAUAUUAACUACCAAUUUCCACUGCUUGCUGGUGUGCAUCUUUCUGCACUGAUCCCGUCUGCAAGUGAUGAUGCGAUCAGCCUUAUCACAUCACUUUGCUCCUGGGACCCCUGCAAGAGGCCAACAGCUUCAGAGGCCCUUCAACAUCCUUUUUUUCAGAGCUGCUUCUAUAUUCCUCCAUCCCUUCGCAGCAGAGCAGUAGCUAGAACUCCACCAUCCGCUGGAACCAGGGGAGCACUGGAUCAACAAGGAGUCAAGAGAUAUUCCGGUGCUUUACCUAAUUCAAAGCUCACCAAUAAUUUUUCUUCCCUGAAAUUACAUCCUCCUUUAGCUUCAGGUGUGCCACGGAAGCUGGAUAUGGUAAAUCAGGAUGUAAUUAAGAACGAAAAACCAAUGAGGACUACUAAACCAAAAUAUCGACAGCCAGGAAAGGACAGCCCAACUUCUAUGAACAAGGGGAGGUCUGGUCGUGGGGUUGGGGUUUCAGAAACAGCUGAGAAAUUGGGGAAUUUGUCUGUUAGUACUCGAAGACAAUCAAUGGGGCAACCCCGUCCUCCACCAAUGAAGGCUGGAGUGAAUUGGAUUUCUGAAUCUGGAAACUUCAUCCAGCAGAUUCCGACUGGAAGAACUUUCACCAGAAAAGUUGCCGGAUGA